GGCCCGGCGUCCCUCGGACCAUCUUUCAUCCAGUACUGGCCUAUUCCGGAUUCCUUCACCCGCCAGAUGGUUUCUCAUCGUCCACCCACCCCGCCACUGAUUGUCGCUCUCAUGCUCUGUCACGACUUUUAGCCGAUGCGGCCCACUGAUCUCUCGGUCUUGUCCACUUCAGUGAGGAAGCGCCGACACCAUUUCGCCACUUGCCGCGAAUAGCACCAACUUCUGAGACUUCUGCGCCCUUCUCCUUGUGCCCCAAACCUGCUAUUGUCACCCGAGCCUUGAGGCUCGUUCGUGGGAUGGUACCGGUCUUUGUGCGGAGUCUCUUGUCUCAGAUGCUCUGCCUCGUGUGCAGAAACGCUCUCACCCUCCUCCCCCGUUACCCUUCUCAUGUGCGCGUAUCGACCCCCGGGACUCGCAGGGGCAUCCGCCCCGCCUUGUCCGUUCUUCCUGAAAAACGCAUGCACGUUCGGCGACAAAUGUCGCAAAUCCCAUACGCUCCGCUCUUCCACUCCCCUCGCUAGUCGCGUCCUAUCCCAGACCAACGAAGCCCCAGCUGCGCUCCCAUGCCCCCAUUUCUUACGCGGGGUGUGUCGUUUUGGCGAUCUGUGCACCAAAUCGCACGCCGACCUGCUGAGCUCGACGGCGGCGCCCCCGGAGGUGUGCACACACCAUCUGCGCAGGGCGUGUCGCUUCGGCGAGCGGUGCUUAAAAUCGCAUGCAGUGCCCAUGUGGGCACCAUCCCCUACUGCUGAAGUCACGCGUCGAAGCCUCCUUGCCAGUUCUUCGCAAGGGGGAGUUGUAUGAAAGGGACGAAAUGCACGUUUUUGCAUGCUGCUCCUGCUGCUGCUGUGGCCCGUGAGAAUGAAGGUGCUGAGGUGUUGAAUUGGAGAGUGGGCCCUGCCCUGUUGGGGCCCAAUCUCACUCCCGAUCCUGAUCCCAGCUCCAGUCCUCAUCCUCCCAUUUCCAAUCGCACCACAUCGCCCUCUGGGUCCACGCAUCCGGAUGCCAUCAGCUCCGACCUGACACACGAAACCACCGAACGCGUGUUGUACAAUUGCAGCGUCACAUUCGGCGCAGGCGGCUCGGUCACUCAGGUGGUCACGCCUUUCGAUGCCUGUCGCAUCAGAGUCUCCGGGAUCCCUUCGCUCACCGACGCAGAGAUUUCGGCUCAAAUCGCAACGGUGUUGGCGAAUCACGGCGGUGCACAACUGCAAAUACAAUGGUUCGGAGCUGACGCGCAUCCGAUUGCGAUUGCAGACUUUACCAACCCCGCUGCCGCCGCGGCAGCCGUCGGGGAACUUGAAAGGAUCACAUUCGGGGAGGUGGAGGGUGGGACUAACCUGGUGUGCGCAUUGGAGAGAACGGGGGCAAAGUUGUCGGUGACGGGCGGUGCUGAGGAGAGAGGAUUCUUCCGGGGCCGAAAAGUCAAGCUGACGUGGUAUGGACGACGGAUGUCUGCGUUUGCGAACUACUCGUCCGACGCUACGGCAAAGAACAAGUGCGAAGAGCUGCACGGCAAGGUUUAUUGUGGCCAUACGAUUUCUGCGACGUACCGGCCCAUUCAGGCUGUCGCUCGCCGAAUUCGAGGAGGGAUGUUUUCCAGUGUGAUCUCCGUCCCUUCUCGUUCGUUCACCGUGAUGCUACGCAACCUGCCGAUGGACGUCGACGAGCGAUCGCUGAAGUGCUUCUGUGAUGCCGACAGCGUUGGAUUUGAUCCUCCACGAUGCCCAGAAAACGUGCACUACGAACUGAUGGAUGUGCUGGAGCGGUUCGGGGCCGUCGAUACCCUGGACGUCUUGCCGAUGACGAAGACGAGCUCGAAGGUGUCUGCGUUUGCCCAGUUCCACACUGAAGCGGGUGCCACCGCCGCUGAAGCCGGUUUGCGUCCCAACCCGCCCGCGUUCUUCGGCAAAUCGCCCUUCUUCAUCGAGCGCACUCUGUCCGUCAAAUACAACCGGAUCCCCGCGACUCUGUUCGCCAAAAUCCGCGGGCCGGUGGAUUUGCUGGCGGGUGUGUAUCCUGAGAUGAUCAAGUACUAUCUCGGAGAAGCGGAGCACUCGGAUCCGGUUGUCCUGGUCCUGCAUAGCACCGACUCGAAGCGACUUGCUAAGGUCAAGAGCGAGGUGGACCGGAUCGUGCAGGGAGAGCUGCUCAUCCAAGACGGAUCCAAGUUCUGGGUCCCUUUCUUCGAGACACAGACCGGACUCCAGUUCAUCGAGGACAUGUACCUCCACCACGGUGUCUUCGUUCGAUGUGACCCGCGGACCCGCACUGCUCGGAUGUUCGGAUCUGAGGAAGAAAGGGCUCGCGCACGCAAGUUGAUUGAGCAGAAAGUCGCAAAACUGAAAGCGCAGAGACACGAGAUUCCGCUGAAACGCGAGUUGAUUCGGAUCCUUCUCAGGGGCGACCUGAAGCAGCUGCAGACUGCCGUGGACCCGCAACAGGAACGACUCGUUCUCGAUGUCGUCGCUCUCAAGAUCAUGCUUGAUGGAGAUGCGGGCCACGUCGGCCGAUUGCGCACGGCGCUGAAUGCUCUGGAUGGGACCAUUGCGAAAGACGCAGGACCCAUCUUGGACCUCAGCUGCCCCGUGUGUCUCUGCGACAUAGAGGAUGCGGUGCAGCUCGAUUGCGGACAUGCCUACUGUCGGACCUGCAUCCAACAUUACAUCAAGCCCGCAAGCGGCACUGAAUUUACUCCUCGGCUUUGCGUCGCAGGGAGCUUUUCUGACGGCGGCAAAUCGAUCCCAUGCAGCCACGCCAUACCGUACCGAACGAUCCGGUCUCUGCUCGAUGCAGGCGCCGAAGACGAGCUUCUUCUGACCUCGUUUCUGACACACAUCAACACUCGUCCGCAACAAUUCCAGUACUGUCCGUCGGCCGACUGCCAGAUGGUCUACCCGAUCGGGAUCGACUCGGACGAGGAGAACGCAGCGAUCCAAUGUCCGUCGUGUCUCGCGCGCAUCUGCACCACCUGCAAAAUCGAGUGGCACGAUGACCUCACCUGCGCCGAACACAAAGACAAUCUCACCGGCAACACCGCUCUGCUGAAUCAGUGGCGAGCCGAGCACGAGGUCAAGCAGUGCCCGAACUGCCAUGCUGAUAUCGAGAAGGACGGGGGCUGCAAUCACAUGCAGUGUGUGCUUUGUCGGACGCACAUUUGCUGGAUUUGUAUGGAGACUUUCCGCGAUGGAGAUGGGAAACUGGGUAUCUAUCCCCAUCUGAGAAGAGUCCAUGGCGGUCACGGGGGUUAG